GUUUCGUUAUUCAAUCUUUCAAUUAUUGAUUUUUAUUCCAAUGUUUUUUUCUCUACCUUAUAUGGGCCCCGCCCUUAAUUAUUAAAGGCUAGAAGGAAACACCACAAAUCUGUAAAAAUAAUGUCAAAUUUUGCAUACAUUUCCUCCACUGUUUUGUUUGUUCAUUGAAUAUUAUAAUUAUCUUCCAAUAAGUGUAUUUAAGCUACAUCUAGAAUACACUUUACAGCUACCACAAUCAAAGCCCCAUUUCUAGCAUUUUUUUAUAAGUAAUGUUUAAAUUUUUUUGGCUUCCCAGAAUUUUGUUUCAUUAUUUUUACAAGUCAAGUGCCUCUGCACCAUUCUUAAAAAAGUUUAGAAAAACAUCUUGAUAUCAUUGAAUAUAAUGGCAGCUAUAACCGAGCACAUGUAGUUAGUCUAAUUGUGUUGGCAAUUUCAUAAGAGAAAGCCCAUGGUUUGAUCUCCACUUUGAGUCGGGUAUAUGAUUUGUACUGGUUAUCACCCUGGCAUACAAAAUAGAAAGCGGUUGAUUUUAAAACUGUACAUAUAACAGUUUGUUGCUCAUUAGAGCUAAUGUAAUUUGUUUGUUUCUGGGACGUUUAAUAAAUCUUACCUAUUAACUUUUUAUCUAUGAAAUGUUAAACAUGGACUAAUGACCUGUUGAGUAUUUAUUAUAAAAAGGCUUCUGUCAUUGAAAUGACACUUAUGUAGCUAAAUUUCAAUUGCUUUAUUACACAAUCAUGCCAAUAUCUUCAAUGGUGUGAAAUUCAAGGUAAAGAAUAGACUAUCGAAUGGAAUGGCGAGUGGUAAGUGUAUCAGAAUCUGGUGAAUUCGGGUCCUGGGUUCAAUUCCUGCAUCAUGGAGCUUUUUUCUCGUUAACACACAGGCUACAUGCUUGGGGAGAUUCACUAAAGGAAGCCUUCGAACAGGUUGUUCAGGCAAUGUUCAACUACAUGACAACAGAUUUCUCCACUGUGGAAAUGACUGAAGAGCAAGAGGUGGAGGCAGAAGGCGAUGACAUGGAAUCACUUCUAUUUCACUUCAUGGAUGAAUGGCUUUUCGCAUUCUGUGCUGAACCCUACUUUAUCGCCAGGAAAAUUGAAAUUACAGAGAUGGAUUUGGAAAACUUUAAAAUCAAGUCUAAAGGAUAUGGUGAGGAGUUUGACUUAGAAAAGCAUCCACAAGGCACUGAAGUAAAGGCAAUCACAUACUCCAACAUGCAGAUCUACGAUAACGACAAGAAACACGAGGUGUUUGUAAUCAUAGAUAUAUAACCAUUACGAGUCAACUUAUCAUCACGCGUUGGACCAGAUAUGUCAGAUCACGUGUUUGUUCAAGCUUGUAUUAUAUUUAAGAUCACUUAUUGAAUUAAUCAAUCACUUAUUGAAUUAAUCGUGGUAUUUGCAAAAUCAAACUCACUGUGUCUGAAGUGACCUAUGAAAAAAAUUGUUUUGAAAUAAAUAAUAUUGCUUCUUGGAUUUACCCGUUGGAAUAAGAGAUCGUAUAAAAUGAUUGUCGAUAAGAAAGUCCUUAGAUAGUGUUUUGAACGUGACACAAGUCUAUAACAUUGUUGAUGUUUUACAUUUGAUAUAUUCAUCAUGACGUGGAUCCGUAUUAAGUAACUUCUUGAGCCUGAGUAACAGAAAACUGAAUUCUUAAAUGCUUCAAAAUAUCUAUAAUAUAACUUAUGUUGACAAAAGAUGUGUGCCUGGUUGUUGAACAGAUUAUUUUUAAUGAAUACAUAGCAUAAAACAACACAAUUAAAACAUUGCUAGUCUGAGUCCCAAACUCAGACUUGGGACGUUAGUGUAUCAGACCCGUUCGUUUAUCAUUGGUAUUUGAGAUAACUUAAUGAAGUGAGAGGGACUCGCUCAUGUUUUGGACCAAAAAUUAUAUCCAAAUUGCAGAAAUAUACAAUUAUAGAAUAGACAAAGUAUUUCUGGGUUUACUGGGGUGUGAACCCUUGCCAGCCAGUAAAGUCAAGAAAAAAACAACAGAUGCCUUUACCACUAGGCCACCAUUUACUUAUUUAAAGCGAUGGAUAUUUUGACCUUUUAACAAAGCAUUGAUAACAUAACAGGAUAAUUUCUUGCCACAACGAUUCACUCAUAGCUGUUAUUAUUGCUAAUGAAAAUUUUGGUAUUCAAAGACGAUAUUUAAGCAAAUAUGAACAUUUGCUGAAGGGUUCUAGCUUUUUAUAUCUAAGUUUAACACUCCUGAUGAUUUGCCAAACUUAAUUUCGUCAUACAAAAAAGUGCAUUUAACAAAAAUAUGAGCAAGUCCCUUUAAUAUGUUUUUUUCAUUUUUAUUGCCUAAUAUAUUUGAUACCAAAUGUAUAUAAGAUAUUUUUUGUAAAUUUUUAGUGUUAUCUAAUACUGAUAUUUAAGGCAUUAUAACUAUGUAUAUAUGACUAUUUUCCAUGUUUGAUUUUUUAAAUGAUGCAUAUUGGUUUUUGACAA